GUGGCGUUUGGUUGAAAGCACAAUCGAAGAGCAGCAUGGGACGCCGUGGACGACACAGCGCCAAAACGGGCGACGGCGGGGCCGAGCGGCGUCUGGCAAAGAAGCUAGACCAGCAGCGCAAUAACAAGACAAAGAACUUUGCGAAAACGGACAACGAUCUUGUCUUCCACGACGAUCCUUCGGACAACGACGACCAGGCUGAGGAUGCUGGCAGCAGUGACGAAGACGACGGCAGUGAGCAGGAAUUGAUGCAGCUGAAUGAUGACACUGAAGACGAACAAGAGAGCGACUUGGAAGAGCGCGACGAUCUCGACGACGAAGACAUUGACGAAGAAGCGUUUGCCGAAGAAAAGCAGCGUGCCGCCAAACUCAAGGAUCAAUGGGGGUCGUCAAAGAAACAGUUUUACUCAGCAGACACAGCCGAUUAUGAAAUGGACUCGGACAUGGAAGAUAUCGCCAAGGAUGAAGAAGACGCGGCCCUCGAACUCCAGCGAAAACAAGCUGAACUCAUGGACGAAGACGACUUUGAAGUCGCCACUGUUGCCGAUACCGCCGUGCCAGACGAAGACGAGGAAGGCCGUGUCGAGGAUGAACUCGCGGAUAUUCCCCUCGUGUACGACCAAGACGACGCCGCGUCCACGAUUGAAGCGGUGCAAAAAGACUUCUCCAAGCUCUCGAAGAAGGACAAAUUGGCGUUUGUGCAGCAGUCUUCCCCCGAGCUGCUUGGACUCCUGGACGAGCUGCAGCUGUACUUGGCGCAAUACACAGAAAACAUUCGUCCUGCGAUCGAAAAGCUCGAGAUCAAGUCACGUUUCUCCAAGAGCGACCAGGUCACCACGGGACUCGCUUACAUGAAGGCGAAGGAAGCGCUCGUGCUCAACUACACGACCAACAUCUCGUUCUACCUUCACUGCAAAGCCCAGGGCAAAAGUAUGGUAGACCACCCUGUGCUAGGCCACAUCUUGAACCUCCAGGACAAGCUGCGAACGUGCGACCAGAUCGAUCAACCUCUCGACCACCAACUGGAUGCGCUGCUGAACGAAGAAGUCCCGGAAGGCGGCGUGGCUUCGGAUGGGGAGGCUGAAGAGAACGAUGACGACGAUGGCUUGGGCAGGUUCUUCGAGGACAGGCCAGAGGAGCCGUCAUCCAAGCAGGACGCCAAGACCAAGUCGAAGAAGCGCAAGAAUGAACAAACUGCCGCCGCGACGACGGUGGACGAGGCCGAAGCGGAAGCGUUCUACAAUGAAGUGGCCCGAACGAAGAAGAAUCGCAAGGCCGUCAAGGAGGAGUUUUACACGCACGAGCCGAAGAUCGUCGAGCCAGAGUUUGACGAGGACGGCGACGAUGACGACAAGAAGCGCGGCGCGACGUAUCAAAUGAUCAAGAACAAAGGGCUCAAGGCACACAAGUCCAAGAUCAAUCGCAACCCUCGCGUGAAGAAGCGCUUGCAGUACAAGAAGGCCCUCGUCAGACGAAAGGGCCAAGUCCGCGAAGUCCGAACAGGCGAAGCGGCGCGGUAUGGCGGCGAAAUGACGGGGAUUAAAGCCAACAUCACCCGCAGUCGCAAGCUGUAAUCAAACAAGUCAAACUUAUAUCAGAGAGAUGCCGUAUUUG